AUGGACGAGAUGGAUGGUAUCAACGACAACGACGAGGUUGUGCUUUUUGAAUGUAAUGCUGAUCAGUUCCAGGUCUUCUGUAAGAAAGGAACCACUGCAAAGUUCACCUGGAAAGGGUUUUCAAACAAACAUCCCAUCCUGGUCGAAGUGAUCCCAACUGUAACGACAUAUGAAGUAUUCAAAACCAAUAUAAUCAAAGCUUGCGAUCAAGAACGGGCAGGCAUAGGUGCAAUGAUCUUGGCUGACAGUCUUGCUCCGACCCAUCCUCUUGGAAUCAAGUGGACAUGCUGGAUUGCAACAUUGCCUACCUAUCUCAAGAAUAAGUUUCAUCCUCUCAACGAUCAAGCUGAUUUUGAUACAUGGGUCAAGAAGGUUUGCGAUUUCCCUGGUAAAAAAGCUGGUGUAUGUAUGAAGAUGGAGAAACCAAUAAGUGAGGCUGAACGCGCCCAAGAAGAUAAUAUGCUAGACCGAGCAGUCCGAGGGAUACCAGGUGCAGAUGGUCAACUUCUAGACAGGCAACUUGGCGAUGACGACAACGCAGGUGAAGAAGACAUCACCAUUGCGAAGAUUACAUCGAUGGGUAAACCUAGAGAUAUUUGA